AUGGAUGUUCGUUCCAAGACUGGUGACACUACUGCUAGUGUCUUGCAUGACCGCGGGAAGCCGCCUGACCCGCUGAACAGUUUUGCUAAUAAACCGACCGACCUAGAUGGAUCUGAUUACAUGAAUGAACCGGUGGGUGAGGAGAUGCCUACACCGGGAACAGCACCAAUUCGUGGGAUCGGGUUACGAGUUACCAACAUUGAAGGCAACCCUCUACUUCCGAGAAGAGGUAUGUUUUCAACGUCAAAUGUUUCGGUUUUGGAUGGGUUAAUGAGUAUUUCCAAACCUGUGGAAAACCCCUUCACUGGUGAAUCUUCCUCGAUGGCCAAUAAGGAUAAUGGGGCUGCUGCUAAGCCCUUGUCUUACGCUGAGUCGGUAAGUGCUAAUACUGUGAAGAAAGUAAACUUUCGGUCGCUUGCUAGUUCCGUUAAUCAGGAGGGUUGUGAUGUUGUGUUGCCGAGGGAAUCUGUCCGUUCGGUGCAGGAUAAGAUGGCUAAUACUCUUUAUGGGUAUUUUUUGGGUGAUCGUGUGGCUUUCCCGGUGGUUGAUUAUUUUGUGCGUGUGCAAUGGAAGAAGUAUGGAUUGCAGAAAACUAUGAUGAAUGCUAACGGCUUUUUCUUUUUUAAGUUUAAAGAUGAGAAUGGUAUGGCGAAUGUUAUGAAGGAUGGGCCAUGGAUUGUUCGCUCUCAGCCAUUGUUUCUUAACAAUUGGACCCCAACUACGAAACUAGAGAAGAAGGAGGUAAAGAAGGUGCAGUUAUGGGUUAAAAUUCAUGAGGUGCCGAUUGCGGCCUACACGGAAGAUGGUCUUAGUCUGAUCGCUACAACUAUUGGGGAACCAAAGAUGCUGGAUUCGUUUACUACGUCUAUGUGCUUGGACUCAUGGGGUAGGAGUAGUUACGCUAGAGCCCUAAUAGAAAUUUCAGCCGAUAAGGAGUUUCGGGAGGAAAUAACUAUGGCAAUUCCGGAAUCUGAAGGAGAGGGGUUUGUGAAAGAGACGAUGUAUAUGGAGUAUGAAUGGAGUCCGCACCGAUGUCCCACUUGUUGUGUGUUCGGCCACAAUUUGGAUUCUUGUCCAAAACAACCUACGAAACCUUUCAAGCCGAUGCAUGAGGAGCUUAAUCGGAAUGUUCAAAAAAAUCGUUCAACUAAGAAGACGCAGGUUGUGGAUAAGGAUGGGUACACAGAGGUUCAUGGUAAGAAAAUUGCUAAAAAAGUUGGAAUUCCGGUCAAUAAGCAAAAACCUAGAUUUGAAUAUCGUCCUAUAGGGCCGAAACCUAAAGGAGACAGUAACAAGGCUUCGAGUUCUAAGAGUACUAGAUCAAAUAACCCGUUUGAUAUUCUUAAUGAAGAGGAGGCUGAUUUGGAUGACUCCCGCAAGGAGUCUACGAAUUCGGGUAGGGGCAAUGACGACUCUGAUGACGAUGUAGAGGAGGUGUACACUGAAAUGGAUGAAUUCAUGACAGAUGGCACUCUUAAGAGUAAACCUAAAGGGGCAAGCACUCCUUCUCCAAUAGUUAAUAAUGAGUCUCAUGUGGAUGUCAGUAAUUUGAGUAAAGUUUGUAAUUCCGUUUUUCGCUCGUGGGAUUGGACUUCUAAUGGAGGAUGUUGUGAUAAAGGCACUAGAAUCAUUAUUGGUUGGAACCCGGCUAUCUUUGAUGUGAUGAUUUUGUCGCAAUCUCCUCAGGUUAUGCAUAUUCAGCUUGUUUUUAAAAUUGAUAAAAGAAUGGUGUUUUGCUCUUUCGUGUAUGCUGAUAACUAUUAUGUCUCACGUAAACAAUUAUGGCAUAAUUUGUCGAUGCACAAGAUCCUGGUGGGGAACAAACCUUGGUGUCUCAUGGGUGAUUUUAACACGGCUCUGAAUCUUGAAGAUAAUUCUAUGGGAUCAUCGAUUGUGUCUAUUGGCAUGCGUGAUUUUCAAGAGUGUGUAGAUGAGAUUGAGGUCGUUGAUAUUAAUCAUACGGGGAUGCAUUUUACUUGGAGCCAAAAGCCAAAGAAUGGGGUGGGCCUUAUGAAAAAAAUUGAUCGUGUUAUGGGAAAUACUCCUUUUAUACCCGAAUUCUGUUGCUUUUUUCAAGCCUUACAGAUUAUCCGAUCAUUGUCCGUGUAUCUUAUCUUUUCCGAGAGCGGGUAUGGUGAAGCCGAGGCCGUUCAAGGAAAUCUUCACAAGAAAGUGGAAACUCUUCGUUUGAAGCUAGAUGAGAUUCAGCAAAGUAUUGACCGAGAUCCGAACAAUGUCGAGCUUCAGGUGGCUGAAAGGGAGGCUGGCCGUGAUUUAUUAGAAGCUUCGCUGGACGAGGAACGGUUUCUAAAACAAAAGUCUAAGGUAGAUUGGUUAAGGGCUGGUGAUUCGAACUCGGCUUUCUUCCAUUCUUCAUUUAAAAUCCGGAAUCAUUUCAGCCGAAUAGAUGUGAUUAAAGACCCGGAUGGUAACCUUUUUGAAGGCGAUGCGGUUUUUCAACCAUUUGUUAAUCAUUAUCAGAAGUUUUUUGGUUCUCAAGGGGAUAUCUCGCUCUCUCCGGCCCCAGAUUUGUUCUCUAAAAUCAUUGAUCCUCAAAAGGCUUCCCAUAUGAUUCGGCCCAUAACUGUAGAAGAGGUUAAAAAAGCAAUGUUUUCUAUCGGCAUUGACAAAGCCCCGGGUCCGGAUGGCUAUUCAGCGGCUUUCUUCAAAAGUGCUUGGCCUAUUAUAGGUAAUGAUGUGACUUGGGCCAUUCUGGAUUUUUUUGAAACAGGUAAGCUUCUUCAGGAAUUGAAUCACACGACCAUUGUUCUUAUCCCGAAGGUGCCUACUCCUGCAACGGUUGUUGACUAUCGCCCUAUUUCUUGUUGCAACGUUUUAUACAAGUGUAUAAGCAAGAUCGUGGCUGAUAGAAUUAAAAUUGUGCUAAAUGACAUUGUUAGCAUCAAUCAGUCGGCUUUUGUUCCAGGAAGGAGAAUAUCUGAUAAUAUUAUGCUCACGCAAGAAUUGAUGCAUAAUUACCAUAGAAAUACGGGUCCUCCUCGUUGUGCCUUCAAAGUUGAUAUUCAGAAAGCGUACGACACUGUUGAUUGGAGAUUUCUUAAGAGUGUGUUGCUUGGCUUUGGUUUUCACGUGAAUAUGGUGAAUUGGAUCAUGGCUCUGGUCUCUACGGAUUCGUUUUCUGUUUGUGUUAAUGGGUCGGUUCAUGGGUUCUUUAAAGGCAGCCGCGGGUUAAGACAGGGAGACCCGAUCUCUCCUUACCUUUUCACUCUAGUCAUGGAAGUCUUAACGGCCAUCCUUUUGCAUGCGCAAAUCAUAAACCUUUGUUUUGCGGAUGACUUGUUCAUUUUUGCUAGAGAAGAAGUCAAUUCGGCAAGCCAUGUCAAGGAUGCUAUUCUGAAUAUUAUGCCUUUUGUGGAAGGAAAAUUGCCUGUCAGGUAUUUGGGUGUGCCUCUAAUUUCUUCUAGACUUGGGUAUAAUGAUUGUCGAGUUCUGAUUGAAAGACUAGAGAAGCGAAUCACAAACUGGAGAAAUAAGUUGCUUUCUUUUGCUGGUAGACUUCAACUUAUUAUCUCUGUCCUCUCUUCCAUGCAUAUCUAUUGGGCGUCCGUGUUUAUCUUGCCGGCUAGGAUAACUCAGGAGCUAGAAGCCAGAAUGCGGAAUUUCCUUUGGUCUGAAGAAAGCUCGUUUAAUAAAGGGAAAUCUAAAGUUUCUUGGAAAACGGUUUGUACUCCAAAAUAUGAAGGGGGCUUGGGCAUUAGACGAAUUAGAGAUAUGAAUAAGGCUCUUAUGGCUUCUCACAUUUGGAGUAUCGUGUCUAAGCGAGCUUCGCUGUGGGUUGAGUGGGUUCAUAGCUACCACUUAAAAGGAAGGAGUUUUUGGGUUUGCAAAACUCCUGCAAAUUGCUGCUGGUCUUGGAGGAAAUUGAUUCAGUUACGCCCUCUAAUCAGAAAGCAUAUUUGGUCGGUUGUUGGGAAUGGGACUAGCACGUCGGCCUGGUACGAUUUUUGGUGUGAUCCGGGUCCGUUAAGUGAUUUUCUUACGCCAAGAACCAUUACGGAUGCGGAUUUUAAGUUAGAUGAUUCAGUGGCUAAUGUCUAUUCUUCUGAUUCUUGGCGAUGGCCUACGGUUUGGAGAGAUUUGUUUCCCGUGCUCAUUCAGCUUGACCAGAUGUAG